AUGCGUGAACGGGACAUCCCGUACACGGCUAUGAGCACCCCCAGUGGUAUGCUCUGGGAGUGGCUAGUGAUGCCACAGGGGCUAAGUAACGCCCCUGCAACGUUCAACAGGUGUGCUACGAAUCUGUUGCGAUCGGUGCGCGAUUUUGCACCGAGUCACUUCGACGAUGUCUUCGUCCAUAGCCGGGCUAUGGAUGGAAAGACGGACGCGUAG